AUGGCGCAAACCGCCAUGAGCAGGCUCUUCCGCCAGAGCACCACCAGCUCGGUGCGCCAAUCCAUUCUGAGACCGGCACAGGCCCGCAGCUAUGGUUCGAACUCAGCGGCGACCGGAACAGCAAUCCCAACCUUCACCACAACAUCAUCCACCGAGUUAAACGAAGCUUUGGACCGCUUCCGCAAUGAGCUCUUCAUCCCUCUUGGUCUCCCCAAGCGACAGAGAAAAAGUGUGUUCAAGCAGAAAUACGCACAGCAAUUGGAACACGAGCCCAUUACCGUCAAGAUCAGCGAGACCGAGGAAGAGGCCCUCGAUGUUCUCAACAUAAUGGUCACGACCAAGAACUUCAGCAACCUUUUCCCCUUCCUCAGUGGCCUCCGAAUGUCAAACUACUCCAUCAACAGCAACCGGUGGGAGUACAUCAUCCGCAAAGUCAGCGAGGCCGGUAAGCUUUCGGUCAUUAUUGAGUGCGCCAGACAGUUCCAGCGCACCGGCCUGAGCCUCGGCGAUAAGAACAUCGCUCGCCGUCUCUUCUUCGAGCUCCACCAGACCGCCGAGCGGGCGGAUUUCGAGCCCGAGGCUACUGCCAAGGCUCUGAAGCUAGCAAUGGAGGCUGCGAGUCUGAUGGAAGCCGCGGAACACACGGCCCGAGACAUCCAGCACGACCCCAAACACCAGCCUUUCGUUAUCGGUACGCUUUUGGAACUCAGUGCCGCCUGCGGCAAGACCGAGUUGUCUAAGGUCCGUGACUACGCUGCGAAGCUCGAUGCUGCCUGGUCCCGAGGACACUUCAAGGACGAUGCGGCUACUGCCAUUGAGGCCCAGACUAGACUCGAGGAGAACCUUGCCGUCUAUAAUGGUAUGCGUUUGAGCCUUGGGAUCACCAAGGCGGCACAAGCUACCGAGGCUUUCCAGGCUCGCUGUGACGAGCUCGAGCCUAUUCUCAUUGCGCAGUUGCGGAAGAUUAAGAAUAACCAGGUCCUUGGCGACAAGGUGGCUAAGCAAUUGCUUGCGAAAUAG